CUCGAUCUCCAUCUUCGUCGUCUCGUCUCUCUCCUUGGUUACCUGAGGUAUCCGUCGCAGCGUCGUCAACUCUCCUUCCACUCUUUCACAUCAUCCAGUUGUCCACUCGUCGCUGCCUUCGCUGUUGGAGGUCGCCGCAACGCUGCCUGGGAUCUGUCUAUUAUUGGUUACUCACCGGCGUCGAUUCGUUGUUGCAGAGUGAUUGUACAAAGAGAAAGAGUUGGAGCGAGUACUCUUGGUGGAGGAGAAGAGGAGGGUCAAUAAUGAAAAAGAGAAAGGGAUGAAUCAACAAAAACAAGCCAAGGAAGCUUAUGAAGGCAUCAAAAAGAAAGAUAUCAAGAAGGCACAGAAUAAGAAGGACCAAAAUGGUGGGGAAAAAGAAUGAAAGAUGAGAAGAUACUAGUGCGGUCGCAUGCUAUUCAAGCACAGGUGGAUGAUGAUGGCAAUAAUACAAGUCGGAUUCAUUCUAUAAGAACCGAAUUUCACAUGAUGAAUCUGAAAGGGAAUGAACUUGACCGGUGUUGCUUUCCUUCUCUCUAUUUUUUGGGUUCUAUGGUUGUUUCGGGCUCUCAUGUCUACAUUGUUGGUGGUCUUGAUACUUCUGUUGACCACUUGGUUCAAAAACCGGGAGAGCAUUUGUAUUUGGGUGGGGCUUGUCUUGAUUUGGACUCCUCUCAUCUGGGGCUUGGGUGGAGUCGGGUUCCAAUCCCUAAUGUGGAUCGCAGGGUUCCUUUUUGUGCUGCCCUUAAUGGAAAGAUAUACAGUUUUGGGUUCUAUCGUCCUAGUCCAGAGGUUUAUGAUCCUGCUGUUGGGGACUGGACAUUUUUCUCUGCACCUUUGCCUUCUCAUCUUGCUCGUUCUCAAGUACUUUAUUGUGUGCUUCCUGACUCUGCCAACAACCGCAUCCUUUUGCAGUUGUCCGGUGGUGACCUCGUCGAGCCUUCCCUAUACGCCUUCUACCCAGACGGAAGCAGUGGUCCUGCUGCAAGGACGGAUGCCGGUCCCUGUAGAUCACCUGCUAUUUGUGUUCAUAUACCGUGACUGGUUUGUUGUUCCUGGGAUCACCUACUAUUCUUGAGCUUGUACUGCUCCUGGCUGGUCCAUGAGCUUAGAUGUUGGCUAUAAGUUAUCUUGUAUCUAGACUUGUUAUUUGGAAAAGGAUGACUUGGACAAUCCUACGAUGUUAAAUGGUAU